AUGAGAGCUUUCGCUGCAUUGGGAGUCGUACUUGCCGCCGCGCAUGCCGCGCACGCCAAGACGGGCAUCAUACUGCCUCUUUACGAAUACCCAUAUGGGGAUGCCGCUCUGGCAGACUGGGACUCUACUAUUGCCGCAGUUUCUGCGCAUCCCAAUCUAGACUUCUACAUCAUUAUGAAUGACAACUCGGGUCCUCCUUAUGAUCCCAAUCCACCCAACUCUAACAGAGAUUUUGCACCGUACCUUGGCUCGCUCAACUCCCAUGCCAACGUGAAGCUUAUCGGCUAUAUUGCGACCAAGUAUAGCGGCAAAAGCAUCAGCGAUGUAACAGCAGCCGUGGAUCAAUACGCAGCGUGGGAAACAGGCAAGGGCUGGAAGGACGACUCGUAUGAUAUUCAUAUAAGUGGCAUUUUCUUUGACGAGAUCAACACCGCCCCAGAUCAGUUGAGCCACAACCUUGAGAUUACCCGAUAUGCCAAGGCAAAAUUUGCCGGACUUGGCGGGCCUAUUGUGCUAAACCCGGGAACAUUUGUACAGAAUGGAAGCGAGUCGCUCUUUGAUGUUGCAGACGCAAUCAUGGACAUUGAAGCCUGCUACACAGGUGUACCUGGACGUAUAGAUUUCAAUGGCUACGCCUGCGACCCAUCUGUCAGUGGCUACUCGGCAUUCACCCCGGCACUGCUGGAUGGACUGGGGACGGAUCAGUCAAGGGUGUCCAAGAGCUCGAUCCUGGUCCACGACUUUUACGACAGUUGGAGUCCCUACCAGCCGGCAUCCGAAUCCAAGCUCAAGGAUUAUGUAGAUGCCAUCGUCUCCAAGGGUGUUCAUAGCUUCUACAUUGCCCAAUUUGGGUACAUUGGCAAUUUCACCCUCGCACCUGCGAGUAUUGGAAAUAUUGCAGGCAUGGCAGCAUCAGCUCAGGGGUUGAGCUAG